AUGGACACUACACCGGUCCCGACGGGUUCGGAGAGCGGCCCCCUGCAUGUCCCUACUGGGAUCGGAUGCAGCCUCGCGCUUCAGAACUGGAGGUCUGAAGAGAGCGCGGCAGCUUAUCUUCACACCGAAAAUGGUCUGCCGAAGGCAACCUUCACCGAUGCAGACCUCUCAGUCGUAGACGGUGCAGCAGCGCAGGACUCUGAAAGCAGCAGCCGAUCGAGUCGUCAGCCUAGUCCACUACCUGCGCAGCUUGGCGCAGACGUCUCCAAAGAGGAGGAAGCUGAAGGGGGCUCACAGCCCUCUGGCCUAUCUCGCCUGGUAAAGCUCGCAAGGCGAGCGGUUCGGGACGAAGUGUCCGAAUGGGUUCCGGAUGAGGAGGAGAAGGCGAUCAUCGCUAGGGCUGUAAAGCGCUUGCAAGCGCGGCUGGCAGGUGCAGUCGAGCCAGAACGGGCAAAGCUGAGUCGGGUGCAGGUCGAACUGAACCGGCGGGAGGCUGCGAAGGCCCCAAGAGCUUCGCUCAUGGAAAACCGUAACCGAGCGGAAUAUCAGCUGUCACAACCGGAGGGAUCGCAGCCAGGCAGUCCCAUCUCAGGUCGCCGCAAAGGCAUUCUUCGGACGACCUCCUUCACGACACCCCCACAGAUUACUGUUUCGGAGGCUGUCGAUCUUCCAAUUACCUCCACGACGGCCGUGAGCGCCUUUGCAGGCUACGCCUUUCCACGUGAGCCUGAGGGCGGGCCGUCCCCUUUGACAACGCCUCGGGACUCGACCUCCCCUCAGGCCACGCCAAGGGCUCAAAUGUUGCCGCGGCUUCCCUUGAAGCCUCGGAGCUCAGCCGUUUCCAUCGCCGAAACGGAGGAGCUCCUUGAGUUUCCAGAAAGUAGUCCGGCUACCAUGGCUCUCACGAAGACCUCGGUGUCGCAAGUGUCAGAAUCCACGGCCACCGGGGUGUCUAUCUCACGCCGCUCAAGCACUGCGGCCAGCGCCAGUGCGAAAGCCCACCGCUCCCCUCGGCAGAGCUUGGCGAACAUCUUUCGCUUCAAGGAUUCUCAGAUCCCCAUGAAUCUGAGCCGGCGAUCUGACCUGGAGCUUGGCUGGGCUUUGAAGCAUGCCCUCGAGGAGGCCGCAAACAGUGGGCAGCUGAAGGAGUUCGCAGCCCAACGGAGGCGAUCCACACCGACCACCGAGGCGCCAUCAUCGCCUGGAGCCACUGCAGCCACCAACUCCCCGUGCUGUGAGAACCUCGUGCGAGCCGCCCGUGUGCCAGAGAUUGACUGCAUACAACUGGAUCCCGAUCCUUCGCUGCCGCCGCCCAGCGACGAACGGCGCACGGACAACCCAAGAAGCUUGGUUGACAGAGCCUCCAUCGAGGAGCUGAUCCAGCAGCGCUUAGAGGCUUAUAGAGAAGAAGCGCUGCAGACGUUGCGAGCAGAGCAGGACAAAGAGCUCGCGAGAGUGCAGGAAAGCCUUGGCGAAGCCAUGGAGUCGAUAGUUGAUGGGCGGCUGACGUCGCUCCAGGCAGAGACGGGCCGGCGGAGGAUAGACCAAGCUGCUCAGGGCGCAUUCGGCGACGAGGUGCGAUCCUUGCAGGGCCAGCUCGAGAGAAUAGAAGAGACCCAGUCGGAUCUACUGCUGCAGCUACAGAAGGCGGAGACGCGCCUCGAGAAUUCCGUGAAGCUGCAUGAGGAUGCCCUGGGGGAGCGAUGUCUGGAACUCCAGACUUCGCUGCAGGCCUCUGCCUCGCAGCUGCGUGACUCCACCCCGAAGAUCAGCCCAGCAAGGUCAGGGGCCUCAGCCGAGAAGUUGGAAAGUCGUCUGGACUCCCUGGAAGAGAGGCUACAGGACAAGUCCGACAGGAAGUCAGUGUCUAGCGUCGAGGAGAUUGUCUUCGACUCCAGUGAACUCAAGGAGGAGGUGGGCCAGAUCGUGGCAGAGCUGGAAGCAAGGAUCGUGGUCGACUUGCAUGCCCUUCGCGAGGAGAUCACCGAGCAGACGCAAGUCUUGCGAUCGCAUUGUGAUCAGCAGGUCGCCAAAAUGGAGGAAACUGCCGGGGGGCAGUUAGAAGCUUUGGAGGACUUGCGGAAGCAGCUCAAUGGCAGAAGAGGAACUGCCGCAGAGAAGGAGUUGAUAGAGGAGCUCGAGGCAAGCAAGCAAAGGCUCAAAGACGAAAUAUCUUCGGAAACGCUAGCAGCCCUUGCGGACAGGUACGAUCAGCGAUUGCACAACUUCGAGGACUCCAUCGAAACGCGGCGCGGGGCGCAACAGCGCGAAUUCGACAGGAUGUUCACCGACUUGCACCGGUCAAUGAGCAAGCUUGAAGGCUCGCAGAAGGCGCUCGUGACGAAAACCUUUCCGGAGGUGAAGUGUGAUUUGGCAGCGGCUUUGGGCAAGGAAAGGGCAGAACAGCAGGACAGGCUCCACGAAGUCGCGCGGCUCUGCAACAAGAAGGUGGAGAAUGCCUUGAGCUUGGGGGAAAGCUCGAUGCAGAAGCUCACCCUCGACCUUUCUAGAAGCAAAGCGGCGGACAAAGCCGCUAUCGCAGACUUGGAAAAGCAGUUGCGGGACUUCGCGAGCUCAGAAUGCGACGCAGUGCUUCAGGCACUGAAGGGGCGCAUCAAUCAGGAAGAAGAGGAGCGCGUGAUCUCGAUGACGUCCAUCCGGCAGGACAUCAACGACCUCAAAGCGGCGCUGGGUCCACUGCCCGUUGUUGACCUGGACGCGACAAUGACAAGUCCGGGGCCAAACAACUGCAAAUCCCCUGUGGCUUCCAGCUUAGCUUCGCUGAUAUCACCUGCACGUGCGGCGCGAUCACCCUUCGGUGGCACAGGCACGGGCACCGUGGGACAAGCCUUGGACCCCGGCAGCCGGAAGAAAAGCGAGUUAUGCCGGCGGAAGGCCCCAGGCACGGCAACACCUCGAGCACGAACACCGCGAUGA